AUGCUGUGCGUGUGCGCGGGCAGCGUGCUGGCGGGGCUGCUGGCCCUGCUGGUCCUGCAGAGGGCCUGCUGGCCCCUCCUCUGGCCGGACCUGCGCCACUACCUGCGGCUCAGGGGGGUCCAGAGGACGGUGCGGACCCGCAUGGGGCGCGGGGUCCGGACCCUGCUGGACUGCUUCCUCCUCCAGGCCCGGCGCAGCCCCCACAAGGCCUUCCUCAUCUGCGGGGAGCGGAGCCUCAGCUACCGGGACGUGGACCGGAGGAGCCGGCAGUUCGCGGCCGCGCUGCGGGCGCGCGCCCGCCUGGAGCCGGGCCACGUCGUGGCUCUGCUCAUGAGCAACGAGCCGGACUUCGUGUGCGCGUGGCUGGGGCUGAGCCGGCUGGGCUGCCAGGUGGCCUUCCUCAACACCAACCUCAGAGCCGGGCCGCUGCUGCACUGCGUCCGGGCGUGCGCGGCCCGGGUCCUGCUGGUGGGGGCAGGUAGGAGCCGCGCGGGCCCGGGGGCUGGGGCCGGGCGGGGGGCGGGGCGGAGCCGGGGAUCCGGGCCGGGGUCCGGGGGCUGGAUCCGGGGUCCGGGCUGGGUCCGGGGGUUCAGGCUGGAGCCCCACGGGCCCCCAGACCCUGAGAUCUCUGGAGCAGGUCUGAAUCCUCCGCCUCAAAGGGUUCACAGGCUGGGGGGCUGGUGGUGGCGGGGGGUUCUCACGGGUGCCAGUUUCUCACGGGUGGGCUUCGGGAGGGUGUCGCUGGGUGCGCAUGCGCGCUGGGGUCGUGACGCGCUGCUGUGCGCAGAUCUGGUGGAGCCGGUGGUGGAGGCGCUGCCCGGGCUGAGGGGGGCCGGCACCGGGCUGUGGGUGGUGGCCCACUCCGCCCCCACGGAGGACUUCCACACUCUGCUGGACAAGCUGGAGGACCCCCCCGCAGACCCCCCCCGUCCCCGAGGCCUCUCCAAGGCGGCCCGCGUGGGCCACCUGAAGGCCCUGGGCAGCAUGGCCUUCCUGGACCUGUGUGGAGCCACGUGUGAGGACGUGGUCUACAUCACGCUGCCCCUCUACCACAUGUCGGCCUCCCUGCUGGGGGUGGGGGGCUGCAUCCAUCUGGAUGAUCCGGCUUCUGUUGGUUCCGGCUCAUUUCGGUUCAUUGGGACUGCGUUUAGCUGGUCUGUGUUUGGUCCUGGACCUCAGGCCAGACCUCCUCCACUCCAUCUCAUCCUGAAGAACAAAGGAGGGAACCCUCUCACUGCCCCCCCCCUUGUCUCACCUGUAGGUGCCACCUGUGUGCUGAGGAGGAAGUUCUCUGCCAGACACUUCUGGAAGGACUGUGUGAGGCACGACGUGACGGUGGUGCAGUACAUAGGGGAGCUGUGCAGAUACCUGCUCAACCAGCCCCCGGUAAGCUGCCUGCCCCCCCCCGGCCUGACACCGGACCACCCCCACAUCACCCCCCCGUCCCAGCAGGGUCCUCUGGGGCUGGUUCUGGAGGAGAGGGCUCACUGUGUCCGGCUGGCUGCGGGCAGUGGGCUCCGGUCGGAUGUGUGGAGGAAGUUCAUCACUCGCUUCGGGAUUCGUCAGGUCAGGGAGGGCUACGGCCUGACCGAGACCAGCAUCGGCUUCCUGAACUACACGGAUGAGGUUGGACCAAUUGGAAGAGCCAGUUACUUCAACAAGGUGGAGGCAGGAGGAGACAGCCAGCUUCUGGACGUAGGGAUUAUUUGGCUCCAAACCCUGAACACUGUGGAGGUUUCCGGGCUGACAGGGGAGGCGGGGCUGCUGGUGGCCCCGCUGACGGCCGGGAACCAGUUCCUGGGCUACGCGGGGAGCAGCGAGCAGUCGGAGAAGAAGCUGCUCCGGGACCUGUUUGAGGACGGGGACGUGUACUUCAACACCGGAGACCUGCUGCUGCGGGACCACAGGGACUUCCUGUGGAAAGGAGAGAACGUUUCCACUACAGAGGUCUCAGAGGCUUUAUGUCUUCUGGACUUUAUCCAGGAAGCCACCGUCUAUGGCGUCUCCAUACCAGGAAACGAAGGUCGGGCUGGUAUGGCUGCUCUUGUGCUGAGAGCCGGUGUGGGAUUGGAGGGGAAAAGCCUGUAUGAGCACCUGGGGAAGACCCUCCCCGCUUACGCCUGGCCCAGGUUCAUCAGAAUACAGGUAGGAGAUGCAGCUUUACAGGCGGGGGAACUCAUGGGGGCUGGGCUGACCGGGGCUGCUGCCUGUUUCCAGACAGCUCUGGACGUGACCGAGACCUUCAAACAGCGCAAAGGGAAGCUGGUCCAGGAGGGCUUUGACCCUCAGGCCUCUCAGGACCCCCUCUACGUCCUGGACGUCUCUCAGAGAGACUACAGGCUGCUGACCACAUCCCUGUUCCAGGAUAUUACCUCCGGAAAGAUCAGCCUAUGA